UGCCUGUCCCGUAUGCAGGCGCUGGAGGCGGAUCCCCGCCGUGUUCUCCCCGGGCGCGGCUCCAACCCCCGGGCCGGCCGUGCCGCGGGGCCGCGCAGGGACAGCGCUGGCGGCGCUGCCGUUGGAGGGGCCCGCCCGCCGCUCUUAUCGCCCGAGGGGCUGCAGGGCGUGUGCGGCGCAGAUACACCGCGGGGCAGGGAGCGCCCCUUCACCCCGUGCCCCACCGGCGGGCCCGGCACCGCUACAUGAGUUGCCCCGGGACCCCCGGGCUUGGGUCGCCCCCGGGGCCCGCCCGCGCCGCCCGGCGGGGGAGGAGCCGCCGCUGAGCCGGUGCGUUCCCCGCCGCCCGGGAAGCGCGGACAGGGGGAGGCGGCGCGGCCGCCCGCGCCUCAGGCUGACGGAGCGCCGGCGGGGGACGGGCAGCCCCUUCCCGCCCACGAGAAACGCGCCCACUCACCCGCCGAGCCUCCGGCGACGACUUGAUUUAACUUCAUUUUAGGAAUUGACUGCUAAAAAGAUAAAGCUAGUUACCAAGAAAAAUACUAUCUCCUGAGAGCACUUAAGAGAUCUGAGAGCACUGACUGAGCAUAUUAGAAAAGCUAAGACAUUCCAGUGGUGUCUUCAAAUCUAUUGAAAGAAAUUAUACAAAACUAAUCCAAAAGUAAAUGAGGAACUUAGGAAAAGAUUGCCAACUUCAAAUCAACACAGUUACACAGAAUUGAAGAAGCAUACAGCUUCAUUUGAGGGAUUCUUUUAAGGGACUCAGUUUUCUGCGAUAUGAGCUCUGAAACCUUCAAGCAAAAACUGGACUCAGUGCCAGAUCAAACAAGUUCAGAAGAACAAAUGGAGAACUGGUCAAAAGAAACACACAUAUUGGAUCAGAAAAAAGAAGACUUUUGUGCUGAACUUCAGUUUUAUAAGAAUUCUCAAAAACCCACAGAAUUUUUUAUCCAGGCAGAAACUGACGCACCGAAACUUUCAAAUUUGCGAGUAACCAGUCAAAGAGGAGGAGUCCUAACUGACUGUAAUUAUGGUUCUGAGGAAUUAAGCGUAGAAAGAAAGGAUAGCAGGACACUCCCUGAAUUUAUAUCCUCAUGGAAUGAUGCUGGAAGUUUAGGUGGAAAAACAGAAACUGCAUUCCUUUUAAAAGAAUUGGACACUCUGAGGGCCAAAAAUAAAAAGCUUCAAGAUAAGCUGGCUGAAAAGGACAAGGAGCUGAAGAUAAUGAAACUGGACUUAGAAUUGCAAGACAGAGCUACAGAAGCUAAGAUUGCAGAAAGGAUUGCAGCUCUGGUGGAAGAAGUUUAUUCUGCUCAACGUGAACGUGAUGAGGCUAUCAUGGCAAGGCUUAGGUUAGCCAAUGAAGAGAGAGAUGAAGCAUUUCUACGAGUCCAGCGUUUAGAAGAAUCUCUCAAAGAGCUAGAAAAUAUUAACCCUGAAGAAAAUGACAUGACAUUACAGGAAUUACUGAACAGAAUAAACAAUGCAGACACAGGGCUAGAUAUACUGAAGAAUGGAGCUAUAAUUCUGAACCGAAUACACAGGACCAGAGAACGUAAAAAGAAAAUAAUAGCUGAGGAAAUGAAUGCAGUAAUAGAGCAACGGGAUGCUGCUUUAUCUCAAUGCAAACGGCUGGAGCAGGAGCUUCAUCAUCUGAAAGAGCAGAACCAGACUUCAGCAAACAACACGAGACAUAUGACUGCUGAAAACAAUCAAGAACGUGCUCUGAAGGCAGAAUUGAUGGCUUUGCAACAAGGAAAAGAAGCUGCUCUUCAACAGUGCAGAAAACUAGAAGAAGAAAUCCAAACAUUGCGUGUUUAUUACAGCUUGUACAAGUCUUUGUCUGAAGGAAUGAGUCCAAAGAACCAGCCUAACUCUGCUUUCAGUACUUCUGAAGGUGGACUGCAAGGAAGGGAGGAUGUUGUGACCCUAACCUAUGGCCAGGUUGAGGAGAUGGCAGCUCAGCUGCAGCAAACUCGAUCAGAGCAAAAGGAGACCGAGCUGAAGCUCCAGAAAGCCCUGGAAGCUUUGCAGGAGGCCAAUGAAAAAGUUCAAAAGUUGGAAAGGCUGGUGGACGUCCUGAGGAAGAAGGUUGGAGCAGGGACCAUUAGGACCGUGAUCUGAUUGAAAGCUGUAGUCUAAGGAAGCUUUCACAUCUGGUGACCAGGCUGCUUCAUUCAGCACUGUGUAAACACUGAAGCCUUAACUUAGCAAACAGUUGUUAGAAGUGGGACACUCCAGCGACAUUCCAAGCUGAGAUAAAAUCAAAUCAUAAAUGUUUAACUACUUUGCUGCUGAGUUCUGUGAUUUGUUAAAAUGUUUCACUGCAAACAUGUAUUUGUUUUUAACCAAAUGCAUUGUGGCAUUGUGUAUUGUGAAAAAUUAUGUAGAUGCUUAUUUUAACAGCCUGUCCUCUCAGUGUUAGUAGACUACAGUCUGCUGCAAGGCACAGCAUGGUCAUUUUUUUAAAUACUGCAGGCUUCAGGUUCAAAAUGCUGCAAAGCAGUUUCAAAAAGUAAAUCUCUUAUUUUAUUUGUGAGACUGCAAAUAGUCCAGUAUUUGUAUGUUAAAUAUAUUAAUUGAUAAAGUAGGUUGGCAUUCAAGAAAUAUCUCUGUCUGGUAUAUUGCAUAUUUUUUCCUCCUUACUCAUAGCCCAUUGAAUUGCAGGUAGUAACUGUGGCUACAUCAAAGGGCAGGAUAAAUGUAUAGCUUUAUACAGCAGUUGAAUAGCUUCUGCUGGUACAUGGCAUUUUCAGAGUACAUUAAAAAGAAAUUUACAUUUAGAUUUCACUCGAAGUACAGCUUAAAAAAUUGCAACAUGAAAGCCUUGUGACAUUGUACAGUAUCUCGGACAGUGGAGAAAGUUUUCUGUAUUGUUUUUAGUCACUCCUCUGUCCUUUUAUAUGAGGGAAAAGCUCUCAGAUUUCAGAAAACACCUUAUAAAUUAAAAAUUCACUUUUUCAGUGUUUGCCUCUUCUUAUCCCCUUCCUACAAGACUCUGAUUGCUCUGCAGUGCAUGAGUACAAUCCAGUCUGGGUUUAAGGCCAAACUGUCAAUCCUCAGCUUUUUGUAUUCAUGAAGUGCCCUAAGACUUAAAGGCUGAAGUCCUCCUCCUUACAGGGAGGGGAGAAACUGAAAGCUGAGGUGGAAAAUUUGGGGUACACAGACAUUGUACACCUUACAGAUACUUCAGAGUUGAACUUAGAGUUAUGUUUGUGACCCAGCCAUCUCCCUGUCAAGUCAGUACUCACAUAAUCCUGCUCAAGAAAGCAGCUGUAAUCUCUGAGCACCCCAAUUUCAAUAAAGAAUCUUAACAGCCAGCUGGGCUUUAGUAUCUCCUCAGGACCAGCCAACUCAGGCAAGGUGGAUGUAGCUCCUGAGGCUUCUACUUGUCUGCUUUGCUUUGUGUUUAAUGUUGUUACAUGAUCUUACCUCUUAAUGCUUGCUUGUUCAGAUGUUGUCAUAGUGCAGUCUAUCUGGAGAAAAUGAAAUUUUAAUUUUAGGUGUAAAGAGAGACAUUUUAAUAUCUGUUUUUUCUUUCGAACACUUAAAUGUUAAACUUUCUUCAUCUGCAGACCUAAGCCCCUCCUAGUUUCAGUUGACCAAACCUAACCUCUUGCAGGGAGAUAAGUAGCAUCCCUCCAAGCCACAUUUACCCAAGCCACUUCUAGAAACUUCUGAAGUGCUCAUCUUUGACCUUUGGUCAAUCCUAAGAUAGCCAGUGAGUCUGGAGCCUCUCCCCCACCCCUAUUCAGUGGGAAGAAAUUUUAAUGCUUCCAAACCAGAGGAUUGCCACCCCCUAGAUUCCAGCCCCUUCCCCAUCUCCCACGUGCUGCUGUUCAGCUUUUGGAUGACUCAACAGUUCUUUGUCCUCCCGUUCUCACUGAGCUUUGUGCACAAGGUGGAUGACGAUCUCCUGAGCUGUCAGUGCUGUUGAACCAUUUCUGCUGUAGAGAGGUAGUGAAGAAGGAAUAAAGAUGAAUGUGUGAGGACUACCAUGCUCUGCUAGACCAAAUCCCAAAGACUGCCUUUGGCAAUAACAAACAGCAGACACCUAGGGAAGGGUGCAAAGUCAGGCCAGCACUAGUGACCACUCCCCCAGCUGGUGUCCCAGCAAUUUGUUAGUUAGAGGUUUUCUAAGCCAGAGGUGGUGUCUUUGUAUUUAGCAGCAUUUUUUCAUGACCUGUUUUUUAACCCAUUUAAAUUGUUAAUAUCUACUUGUUCGUUUCACAAGGUCUUAUGCAGUUAAUGAUGCAUUGAGUGAAGAAAUACUUCCUUUUCUGUUAUGAACCAGCUCUGUUCAUUUGCUGUCACCUAGUUUUUGUAUGAGAGAAAUGGUGAGGAACCGUUCCCUGUUCAUAUUGUUUCCAUAUCCCAUGUGAUUUUAUGUAUUUGGCAUCAUUUCCCCCACUUUUCUUUUCCAGAGAGAACCCCUAGUCUCAUUUAAAGGAGCUGUCUCAUGGUUUUAAUUGGUCUUGUCAUACUAACCUUUUUUUUCCAGCUCUGCGGUGUUUUUACUGAGAUGCAACCAGAUUUGUUCCCAGCGUUCAAAAUACAGACAAAAUGUGACUUUAAUAGUUGUCAUAAUGAUGUUGUCUGUUUUAUUCUCUGUGCUAUUUGUAACUGUUUUUAGCAUUGGACUUGCUUUAUGACAGAUUAUUUUUUGGUAUUUAUAUUUUGUAUUAAAACAGCAACUCUAGAUCUCCUUCCUCA